UCAGCUCCUCAGAAAAGAAGUGACAUUAUUGUUUUAAUAUUAAAUAGCUUUCCCUGUUGCUGGAAAAAUGUGGAGGCCUGCUACCUGCAGACAUGCACAGUCAUUCAUUCAUUCAUUCAUUUAGUCAUGGAAACUGUAGUUUUAACAAGACAUAAUAGUGGGAAUAGUGAUAAUAAUGUAAGCUGUGAAUGUGAUUGAGUCCAGUUUAUUUUCAAUGACAUCCCUGUCAAGAUACUGUCAAAUUUUACACGGUUGUUUCUGCACAAUAUGAACAAAGAAGCAAAGCUAGGAAAAAAAAAACUUCCUUUCCCAGCAUGCUCCGGCGCAGGGCAUGCCUGUGAUGUCACAAUAAGUAUAUAUACGGCAACUGGGAAGAAUUUCUUCCUCCAUUGUUACAUUGUAACAAACGGGGCCGGGGCGAAACUGGGAGAAAGGCGUCUUCUCGUCCCAACAUUUGCAACAUUUUUGAAACCAGUCGUUAAAUAAAAAAGAAGCCAAAAUCCGCGUUAAUGCGAGAAGACAAGAAGUAAGCACCGCCGACUGAACCCGCCCCGGUGAGAGAAAAAGGAUAAACGAACACAGAUGUCAGCGGAUUUCUCCAUCGCCAAGCAUUUCAAGCCUUUUACAUCAGGAAGAUAAGACAUUCGGCUGAUUUACAUUAUUCAUGUUGCACCGAAAAUGUUGGGAAAUCAACUAAUCAUAUGACGUCCCUCUUUCUGCCGUGUGUCCUUUAAAUAGAUAGGCAUGCAACAUUUAAAUAAAACCCGCAGGUCUAAUAGACAAGCUCCUGCUUUCUUCGUGAUCUUUCAGUGUGCAGAACAAUGAGCAUGGAGCUUAAGUAGCCUCAUAUAGUCAGAUAUAAGUGUUGCAAAUUAACAAGCUCUUACCCAGAUUACUUUAGGUUACCAUUGGCUGCAGCCUGGAUCUCGGUUUUGGUUCAGGAAAAAAGAGAAAGCAACCAAUUGGGCGUUGAAAGAUUGAUGUGCAGCUCACAUUGGAAAGAAACAACCUACGAGUUGGUUGGAAUAAGGGUCCCUGUUUCUGCCCCAGACACCGAGUUUCCAUGGAGGCAGGUUCGUCCCUCAGCCUCAAACGAAGAUAUGAAGAGGUGGACAACAGCUCUCCAUUCUCUACAUCUAAAGACUCAGACGAUGACAUCUCCAGCAGUGACAGUGCAGACAGCUGCGACAGCCUCAACCCUCCUUCCAGCACUGCAUUUACCCCCACCUCCAUCCUCAGACAGCACAAGCCGUCCCCGGGGGGGAAACGGGUUCGCUUUGAUGUUGUGACGGUGUAUUACUUUCCCCGGCGGCAGGGAUUCACUAGCGUGCCCAGCCAGGGGGGUAGUUCCCUGGGCAUGGCCCGUCACCACUCCUCCAUCAGACACUACACGCUGGGCGAGUUUGCACGGGAACAGGAGACGAGCCACCGGCACACUCUACGCCAGCACCUGCGCCAAGAGAAGCUCAAUGCCCGAAAGAUGAAGCUGACAAGAAACGGCACAGUGGAGUGCGCUCAGGCAGACCUGCUGACUCUGGAGGACGUAUCAGACGAGGACCUCGACGUGGACGGGGUGGAGGUGGACGACUGUUUCUUCCUCCAGCCGCUGCCCACAAAGCGCCGCCGAGCCCUCCUGCGAGCCUCGGGCAUCGCACGCAUAGACGCACGAGAGAAGGCUGAGCUCAGAACCAUCCGCCUCUCCAGGGAGGAAUGCGGCUGCGACUGCCGCUUGUACUGCGACCCUCGCCACUGCGGCUGCAGCCAAGCUGGUAUUAAGUGCCAGGUGGAUCGAAUGUCAUUCCCAUGCGGCUGCUCUCGGGACGGCUGCGGCAACGUAGCCGGCCGCAUCGAGUUCAAUCCUCUGCGUGUCAGGACUCACUACCUGCACACCAUCAUGAAGCUGGACCUGGAGAAGAGGAGGAUGCUGAUACAGGGGAAUGGGGACCAGUAUGCCGAAUCCGACCAGAUGUCCUCGCCCUCCUCCACUUGCCCCACUUCACCGGACCUAUCGUCAGUCACCGGCCUGGACUCUGAGCUGGAGGAGAGCGAGGUGCAGACGGUGGUGGAGGUGCAGGAUCUCCUGGCUGAGCAGGACAUCCUGGAGCGAGAGAACGAGACAGCUGUGCUGCACCUGCAGAGCGCGGAGGAGCAGGAGAGGAGGGAGAGGGAGGAGGCGGACGGGGAGGCGGAGCUGGGCGUCGGAGGUCUCACGGAGCAGCCUCUCUGCCUCCUGCCCGCUGCCUUGGGAGGGGAGCAGACGGAGGUGCCCGGUGUGGAGCAGGUCCUCCUGCAGGGGCCGUUCCCCACAGGGGCCACGGUGCUCUGCAUCACUGACAACCAGGAGGAGAGUCCCUCUGACCUCCUCAAAGACUCCACCUCUCUGCUCUACUAUCAGCUCAGUCCCAUAGAGCCUGGAGCCUUCGAGACCCUGCCCAGGGCGGAGGAGGUGCAACAGGAGGAGCGCUUGGUGAGAGAUUCAGGAGGAGGUGAACAGAAACAAGGAAGAGAGGAGUCGAAGGAUGAUAAGCCUGAAGAGAUCACCUGCAGGCAGAGUUUGGGCAAGCCUUUGACCAAUGUGAUUCUGUGCUCAGAGGAGUGCGUGGCGGUGGUGGAGGAGAAGCCCUCGACUCCCCAGCAGAGCCUCCCUGACGUGCAGUGCCAACGGGAGUCAUGCUUGGAUGGAGAAGUUAAUCCACUGCCUCCUGAAGUUUAGUUCUAGCUUCUCUGCAGAUAUUUUGCACAAUAGCUUCAUCUAAGAUGAAAAAAAAAAUACACAUUUCACAUUUAUUACUGCUAUCAUCAAGAAUAUUACAGGUUGCAAUCUCUUGUAGUGACUGUCAGUGAAUUAUGUGGAGAAUGAGCUUGAGUAUUACAAUACACGAGGGAGGGGGGAUGCUGAAAGCACAUACAGAUCACUCCCCAGAAGUAAUAUGGAUGCAGUUACAAGGAACCAUUGUAGGUAAUUCUGUUGGGGGUGAUGAAUGCGGCCUUAAUGGAAAAACAUAAAAACACUUGUGUGUAGGAGUCGUUUGUUGAUGAGAAAGUACAGCAAGUAGUGUUGUUAAUUUCCAACGUAGCGAACAGAAAACACAAUGUGUGAAUGCUGACAUAAGCCUUUUGUUUGGUGAUGUAUAAAGCUAUCAACACUAAACACAAAUCCUUUUGCGGUGCGUGAGAAGCUGGUGACUUUAGAUACUUACUGGCUCAAUUUCCAUUACGGCAAACUUGUGCUGUAGUCAAGCCAAAUGAAGGCCUCUGAUAGUAUCCUCCGCUGAAAAAUAGACCUAAUAAUCCUGGAAAUACUUGUUUUUGUGUACUGUAUAUGCAUUUGCGAUGUGCAAGACAGAGCCGAGGUUGCUGCUUUUUUUUUUUUUGACCUGUACGCACAUUGUGAACUGAGGGCAGCGAGUGUUGUGGCUCUGCUGUAAUGAAGGUAAACCAACACAGAGCAGCAGGCUGACACUGGCCUUAGUUGUUGUCUUGCUCACCUCGGGCUGCUUGUGCAAAUGCAGUCGGUUUGUCAGCAAACACCUAGUUUACGUGUAGUUACAAUGCCUAUGAUAUUACUUAUUAUUUCUUUGAGUAACGUGUCUUUUGUGAAUUAGAUGCUGUUGAUUUAAAGUCCUCACAGUCUUUUUUUUUUUUGAGUGAAAGGAAAAUGUUAUUUCUUUCAUACUGCUACACUGUAAAACCAUGUAGUCAGUCGUGUCAAGUUACGAUGAAAUGCCAGAAUAGAUCUUCCCAGUCUGCUUUGCUUUUAAUGAGUUAUACUGUGAGGAAGAGAUGAUUCUAAAUCAAGUCAAAUUCCAUAUGAAGAAAAUAGCAUUUAAAGAGUCAGAAAGAGUAGUUAUACAAAUGUGAUGUUACUAAUUUAUGAAACAGAUUGACAACAACCUGAAUUUGUAUAUUUUAUGUUCAAUCUGUACAGCGUGUGUGUGUGUGUGUGUGUGUGUGUGUGUGAGAGAGAGGUUGUGUAUGCAUCUGUGUGUGCAUGUACACAUGUAUGUACUGUAAUAUGAAAAGUGGGAGGGGUAGUAUAUUAGUGAGGAUACAUAUUUUAUUCCUGAAAGGUGCUGAUGUUACAGAUUUACAAUUCACUGUUUUUUCUCCCCACCAUCAUGAGAAAUAUGGGGAGCACUUUAUAAUAAUCAUUGUUGAUAAACGGUAACUUCAUAGUUAAUUGAACAAGGAAAUAAUAAUGAAAAAUGAUUAGUAACUCUAUAACAGUUUAUUGUUGCACACCUUAAUACAUUUUACACAUAUUAUAUUUCUAUUCAGGUUAACAGUGUUCCAACUUCUUUUGAAUGUAGUUGUAGUUUUGUUAGUUGUUAAUAAUUAUGAUAAUUAUAUUAGUUUGACAGUUAAUAUUUUCUUAAUGGUUGAUUAUUAUAAACAUAUAUUAUAAAGUUGCGACUAAUGCUUAUGAUACAACCCUGAUUCCAGAAAUGUUGGGGCAUAAAUAAACAGAAUGCAUCACAUUUCGAAUGUAUAUUUUCAGUUUGAACAUGAAAUAUAUUCACCUUUCAAUUGAAUAUAUAUCACAAAGCGUUAAUGAUCACAUUCUGAUUUAUUUACAUUUAAGACGAAGUCCCGAGUUUUGUGGAAUCUGGGUUGUAAUCAAUUAUUAAUUAUGAAGUGGUUUAAAAAGCAUCAUUAGUUUUGCCACAUUAAAUCUUUUAUUCAUGAUCAUAAAAGAGUGGUUAAUUGUGCACCAAUGAUGUCUAUAUAAUGUUAUAUAAAGUAUUAAUUAAUCAUUUAAUUAUAAACAUCAGUGGCACCUUUAUAAUAGCCAUCCAAAUAAUGUUUAUAUAUGGUUUACAAAUCAAUUUGUAAUCAUAAAUAAAUACUUUAUAUAGUAAAUAAAAUGCUAUAAUGUGUGCAACAAUAAGCUGUCGAAUAACAUAUAAUGGUAAAUAGAGUACACUUGUAUAUCGCCUUUAUCCAAAUCGCUUUACACUACACACUACAGUCAUUCACCCGUUCACACACACGUUCAUACUGUGUUUGUUAUCAUUUUAUUGUUUGUAAAAUAACUUCAAUGAUGGUUAUUAUAAAGUGCUUCUGAAAUAUAAUUUUGAGGAGCUGUUUCUCGAUGACUGACGUAAGAAGUCAAAUGUUGGAGAGCCUCUUGUAGGAACGCGAUAGCUACUGCACUGCAAAUCACUAAUGUGGCGAACCUGGAAUGGGGAGUUUUGUCAUUGAGUAUGUAAAUGCAAUCGUAUAACAUUUCCUGUCUUUAAAUGUCCUUUUUAAGCUAUGUCUGAUUAAUACUGAUCUGCGUAAGUGUGCCGACUCUUCUUACACAAAAUCAGUCCUUUGUUUUGUUGCCUGAAAUUACAGCUGUUGCUUCAGUGACGGCUCGCCAAACACAGGAUAUGCUGCCGUGUAUGAGAUGUCUGAUGUAUUUCUUUGCCUUUUUUUAAUGUCUUAAUAUAAAUCUGCUUAAGAGUUGCACCAAAGCAGUGGUUUCAAACCUAAUUAGAUGAUGCUUUCAACCAUCAGAUUUUAACAAAGCGGUCUCCUGUAGUCAUUGUGAGGAUCUAGAUUUAUUGUGGCCCUUUGUGUUCGCGUGACUUGCCUUGAAAUAGUACCAUCUUUAAAGUGAUGGUGAUUAAAAGCUGCCUAUUGUUGAGCUUUUGUCCUUGGCUUUCUACUAAUAGACUUGGGUUUGGGACCACUGCAUCAAAUUAACUCCAGUACACUAUGUGAUUGUGUGUUUCUCUGUGUGGAAGGGGUGUGUGACUAUUGAAAAGACUGAUAAGUUUAGACUUCAUCUAAAAGCUGUGAGAACUACUCUCAUGCUAACUGUUGCCUAAAGUGGACAAAAAGGUUUUUUAUACAAAAAUAAAAACAAUAAAACUGUCAUUUAAAAAACA